GGCGUCGUACACAAAGGCACGCUAGUGGGGUCGAACGCGGGCGUGAUGUCGGUGGACUUCGACUCGACGGGCGCGUACCUGGUGGCCGCCAGCAACGACUUCGCGAGCCGCGUGUGGACCGUGCAGGACCAGCGACUCAAGCACUCGCUGACGGGCCACAGCGGGAAGGUGAUGGCGGCCAAGUUCCUCGGCGAGCCCACCAAGGUCAUCACCGGCAGCCACGACCGGACCCUCAAGAUAUGGGACCUGCGGAGUCGGAUGUGCACAGAGACGAAGUUUGCGGGCUCGUCGUGCAACGACCUGGUGACGUCAGACGGCGCAGGCUCCACCAUCAUAUCCGGUCACUACGAUAAGAGCAUCAGGUUCUGGGACAUCCGCAAGGAGAUGUCCGCCAACCAGAUAGUGCUGCAGGGGAAAGUCACCUCCCUCGACCUCAGUAGAGAUAGUAACUAUUUGUUAGCGUGUGUGAGAGACGACACGAUACAACUUAUCGACCUCCGGAUGAACAACAUCGUGCGAUCUUUCAGCCACGAGUCGUUCAAGGUGGGUUGCGACUGGUCGCGCGCCACGUUCGGGCCGGGCGGGCGGCUGCUGGCCGUGGGCGGCGCCGACGGGGCGGUCUUUGUGUGGAACACGCACUCGGGGAAGCUGGAAUCCGUGCUGAGGGACCACUCGUCGGCGGUGACGGCGGUGGCGUGGCACCCUCAGUCCGGACUUCUGGCAUCGGUGGACCGCGGCAAGCGCGCCGUUGUGUGGGGCGACUUGUGACAGCUCACGGACACGCCCGCGCCUACACUUCAACAACCCUCAUCUCCCACUGUGAUAAUACCUGAGGAGGCAGACGCGGAAGGCGAGCCCGCCGAAGUGUUCGACUUCCUCCGAGGCAUCACUACUGACUUGCUGCAUCGGUUCGUAUAGCCCCGCAGCAAUGGAAUGCAUGCACUUGGAAACUUCCCGUUUUAUAUCAUGAAAAAGUUUGCUAAACUUGUCUUAUUGGAAGGUGCACAUGAGGCAUCAUUAUUAUCCUAUCCCGUUUGUUUUGACAUGGCAAAGUGAGAUAGAAUGAUUGAAGGCAUAUAUGAGGACGGUAAUGUGCGAAUUGUCUUUAGUAUGAUAAGUUAUGGGUGUUUGAAAUUCCUUUGACAAGUUUUACUGAGUUUUGUAACGUGGGCGGCCAACAUAAAUAUGAAUAUGUAUAAUGGUUAUUUUCACAAAAAAUGAUUGGGCAUAAAUCUCAAUUGAUGAGUCGAUGAAUUUCUGCCCUUCAGAGUACCUAUCAAUCAAGCUUAACAUUAGCUAUUGUUUGGCAAGCGAUCGCAGUUUCUAUUGUAAUUGUAACGCUAUAGAUUAGAUAGAUAUUGAAUACAUAAUAAUAAUAUACCUACGGAGAUAGAGAAGCGUUUCAGCACAUUAUACUUUUAUUUAUACCUUAUUCGAGAAACUGCAGUGAUCCCACUAAUGAGCACAUACUUCGGUGUUUAUUUGUUUAAUAUGUGAGUGUUUAUCUGUGAUUACGAUUACUGAUUAUGAUUAUACAUAAUCUAAACAUAUAGAUUUAUGUCUCGUAAGCUGGGAAUCUAUUGUAUUAAAACUUAGGUAAUAUAUAUUGUGAAUAUUACGAGUAAAUGUACAUUUUGUAUGUAUUGUUUUGGAAUAAUAUAAUACAACAUUACGGUGCUACUAUAUUUUUCUACGUACGUUCACCCAAAUAUAAUAUAUAUAAUAAUUUCUCAUAUAUUAAAAAAAAAAAAUAUGUGUAUUGAGUAAGAGAUGACAAAUAAGAUUUAUUUGAUAUUUAUUGCGCGAACAUCACAUUUUUACUCAAAUAAGAAAGAACCUGUCGAAUCGCAGCGUAAGAAUCUUAUAAAUAAUUAUGUAAGUAUCUGUGGAAUAAUUCUAACAGGCGAGCGGUAUCAGCUCAACGCUUAAGAAACUUUUCUUGCAAUAGCCAUCCUACCUUAUAUUAUUCGUAGCUACAGUUUAAGUUCAUUCUGUACCUUUUAAUAUAAUAUAUUAUUAAAUUACUCAUGAAUCGAUGUUUACAGUUAUAAUUAACGAUAUGUAUAAAAAUAAGGUUCUUCCAUUAUUAUUACAUAGCCAAAUAAACAUCGUAAUGAAUAUUAUGAAAUGAAAGAUGGCAUAUAUGCCCUCUAUCAUUUCAUCAUUUAAACGUCUCCAACGCUACAAGUCUACAGGCGAAGUUAUACUUAAAUAAAUAUAAAUAAUAACA